ACGUCACCGAGCUGCAGCAUUUUCAUGUCCGCUGUAGURAGGGAGGUGACAUGAUGCUGUCCGCGUCAGCUGCUGCAGCCGCUCUCCUUSUGGCUUUUAUUUACCCGAGCCGCGCGCUGUAUUUCCACAUAGGAGAGACGGAGAAAAAAUGCUUCAUUGAAGAAAUUCCGGACGAGACGAUGGUGAUCGGAAAGUACCGGACUCAGCUGUGGGACAAACAGACCGGGUCCUUUCUUCCGUCCACCCCUGGCCUCGGGAUGCAUGUCGAGAUCAAGGAUCCGGACACGAAGAUCAUCCUGUCUCGUCAGUACGGCUCUGAAGGACGCUUCACGUUCACCUCCCACACUCCUGGGGAGCAUCAGAUCUGUUUACACUCCAACUCCACCAAGAUGGCUCUGUUUGCAGGAGGCAAGCUGAGAGUUCACCUGGACAUCCAGGUGGGAGAACACACCAACAACUACCCCGAGAUCGCAGCCAAGGACAAACUGACAGAGCUGCAGCUGCGAGUGCGGCAGCUGCUGGACCAGGUGGAGCAGAUCCAGAAGGAGCAGAACUACCAGAGGUAUCGUGAGGAGCGCUUUCGCAUGACGAGCGAGAGCACCAACCAGCGCGUCCUCUGGUGGUCCAUCGCUCAGACCUUCAUCCUCAUCAUCACCGGCAUCUGGCAGAUGAGGCACCUAAAGAGCUUCUUCGAGGCCAAGAAGCUGGUCUAACGUCCGACUGGGCCGGGGGGGGAGCGACCUGGACUGGACUCCGCAGAGCUGGGUCUCUUCCACCUCCAGCAGAACCAUCGAGGAAGAGGAGGAGGAGGAAGAUAUCAACCACUGGCGGUACCAGUUCUUUCCCACAAACCAACCCUGAGCAACGUUUUCUUUUCCCUCCGUAGCACAACAUUCCGGUCUCACCUGUGUUUGUGAUGUUUUCUGGAGAAAYGUUUGAUUUUCACAGGAGAAAAGAAUGUUUCAGAAAAAAUAACCCUAAAAUCAGAUUAGUUUGUUUCCGGUCAAAGGUCACGAUAUUUUACUGAAGCAACUUGACUUUUUGCUCUCGUCUUUAUUUAUGAGCAGCAGUUUCAUAAAGGUUUUAUGAAAAAAGCCUUUGUAACGGCAUGAAAAAAAUUUAUUCAGUUUAUCGGAAAUCUGUUGAAUUUGAUCGUUUCAGAUAUUUCUUGAUCUGCAGAAUUACAUCACAUUUUUUCACCAAUUCCGUCUUUAUAUUUGAGGCAGUUACAUGAUYGCCUGGCUUUCAUGACAGUGGUUUAUUUAAUUUGUCUCAUCAGAUAAAUGCACGUAGAAGAUGCACAGAUUUGUUAUGAUUUCAGCUACAUUUCAGUGUUAAAUAUAAAAAAACAUUCUUAAUAAACUGUAAAGUUUUUAGCUCCGAACAAGUCUGUAAAUACAGUGUACGAUCCUUUAAAUCUGUUUGUUUUUCUGUAAAUAACAGUUGUUUGUUUUCUACUGAUUUUUACCCAAAAUUCAAGUCAACAAACGAGUUUUGUCAAAUUUUAUUUAUUGAGCAGUCGACGGAACGUGUUUUCUGCCAAGUUUUAAUAGGACAGUUUUUUUGUUGUAAUUAUUUUGAAUGAGAAACAUGCUGCUGCACUAAACUCCUGUUUAAAGUGGUUUUAAUUAUUCUGUACACUUCAUUUUAGUCUGGAUGUCGCCUUACAGUGGUUAAUAAAGAAGGUUUAGCCAAACUAACAUGUUUUUUUAAUGUUUCUUUGUCAUUAAAGUGCCUGUGAUGUAA